UUUCAGGUGUUUGAGUCGGUGAUAUCCUGGGUGAAGAAGGAAGAUGACAUUGACCGUAAGCUGAUUCUACCUGAGCUGAUGAUUAACGUGAGACUGCCUCUCCUCACUCCACAGUACCUGUCUGAUCGAGUGGCUUCUGAGGAUCUCAUCAAAAACUGCCUUCUGUGCAGGGAUCUUGUUGAUGAAGCCAAAGACUACCACCUGAUGCCAGAGCGUCGCUAUCUCCUUCAAACAUUCAAGGCUCGGCCUCGCUGCUGUUCAGACAUUCCAGGAAUUAUAUAUGCUGUUGGCGGCCUCACCUCUUCUGGUGACUCGCUCAGUACGGUUGAAAACUAUGACCCCAUAGUCAACAGGUGGUCUGUAGCUGAGGCCAUGAGUACCAUAAGAAGCAGAGUGGGUGUCGCUAUCCUCAAUGGCUGUCUGUAUGCCAUAGGAGGGUAUGAUGGGUCUGAGCGCCUAAGCACGGUAGAGGUUUUUCACAGAGACAGCAAGACCUGGAAGUGUGUAGCCAGCAUGAACUGUAAGAGAAGUGCUCUGGGAUCAGUGGCACUGAAUGGUCACCUGUAUGUAUGUGGUGGCUAUGAUGGCCUGUCCUCGCUGCGGUCGGUGGAGAAGUACGAUACUGAACGGGACCAAUGGAACCCCUUGUGUAACAUGCUGAAGCCCCGGAGUGCGUCAGGUGUGGCCUGUUUGGACGGUCUUAUCUAUGCUUGUGGAGGGCAUGAUGGACUCUCCAUUUUUGAUUCUGUGGAAUGUUAUAAUGCAUCAACCAACCACUGGGCUUAUGUGACUCCAAUGCUGACCAAGAGGUGUCGUCUCGGCGUUGCUGUUUUAAAUGGGAAACUAUAUGCAGCAGGAGGAUACGAUGGGUCGGUGUUUCUCAAUACAGUUGAGUGUUAUGACCCACUGACAGACAAAUGGACAGAGAUCAAAUCCAUGCAAGUAAGGCGUAGCCGUGUUGCCUUGGUAACAGUCUAUGGAAAGUUGUAUGCCAUAGGUGGCUACGACGGGAUCAGUAACUUGACAUCAGUUGAAAUGUAUAGCCCUGAUACUGACACUUGGAUAUUUGUGGCUCCAAUGAUGGCCCAUGAAGGUGGCGUUGGGGUAGGCGUCAUACCCAUAGAACGGGGUAGUGGAGUCUGAUGUACAACAUGAUGGAGAACCUGGAUGUUUGUGGCUGAUAAAUGGGUUUAUUGGGGUUAGGGGUCACACUCGUUUUUGGGUGUAUUGGGGUUAGGGGUCACACUCGUAAAACAAGAUAGCAUCAAGUGGAGUCUGAUGAACUAUAAUAUAUACGAGUAUCUCUGAGAUUCUGGAUGUUUGUGAAUGGGUGUAUUGAGGGAAGGGGUCACACUCCUAAAAUGAGGUAGUGGAGUCUGAUGGACCAUAACUUAUCUGAGUAUCUCAGAGAUCUUGAUUGUUUGUGUCUGCUUAAUGGUUGUAUUGAGGGCAUGGAUCUUACUCUAAAACCGGGUAGUCUGAUGGACUAUCAUAAAGUAGGAAUAUCUUCAACAUACUAGAUGUUUGUAGCUGCUACAGGUGUAUUUGUGCCUGGUAUUUUUGACUAGUGAGGUAGGAUAUGACCCUAACUUUUGGAGGCACUUAAUAUGUUUCUACUCUGAGUCUCAAGACAUAUCUGUAUGUUUUAUGUGACAAUUUUUAAGUCGGUUAGUUCCAAAAAUUAUGUAAAACAACAUCUUCACAUGUUAUCUGAUAUGUAUCUGGUUAUGUAGGCUUAAAAUAGUAUUUUAGAUGCAUGGAUUAUAGUUGAAGAAUAAAACAUAACAAUGUACAUUUGAUGAUAAAAGGCAGCAUGGUUGCAAAGCACUUCAGAUGAAAUUACCUAAAACUAUUUACAGAAUGUACGUAAUAGAUCAUGUCAGGUGAACAAGUAUAAAAUCUACCUGCAUUAAAUAUACUGUAUGACAACCAGGAAGUAAUGUGAUAAAUAUUUUUCUAUUAGUUCUUCACAACACUGGUGUUAAACAAUGGACCUUUUUUAACUACUUAUGAAAUUAUUAGAUAAAGUGUCCAUGCAUGUUUUUAACCAUUGCAUUUUGGGUCCUGAGGCCAGGUCAGUUACCUAGUUUAUCAAUAAUAUUUUGGGAUUUUAAAAAUGUGCAAUUAGUAUGAUGGUAUGUGUCUGUCACAAAUACACUCAUUAUUGUAGCAUGCGUUGUGUAUAGGAUACAUAUGGCGUGAUUGUAUUGAUGUACAAAUUCAUGCCAUGCUUUGGUUGUGUAUAGCAGAAAAGGAUCUGUAGACCAUCACACAGUUUCUAGAUCCCAUUAAGAUUCCGAGAGUGAAAGGGGAAAGGUUUUAAUUAAUUAUAGUUAUUAGGAGCAGAUGUAUUUGAGUCAUAAACAGGCAAUUCAUUUGUACAGUAAAACAUUAACAAAC